AUAGUUCCGCGAGUAGGAACGCUGAUAAUCAUGCACUGCUACGAGUAAAACUUUUUUCCUCAUAAGAUAUUAAACGCGAUAUUGGUAUCUGUCCUGAAUAUAUUACUGUUCUUUUUCAUCCGUGCGAAUGAAAGGCUUUAUUGACUGUCACUGUCAUAUAUCGGCUACGGAGUUUGAUAAUGACCUUGAAGAUGUCAUAGAAAACUCUAAAAAGGCUGGACUUCUAGCACUGGUUGCAGUAGCUGAACAUGCUGGGGAAUUUGAUAAAAUCAUAGAGCUCUCUAGCAGGUUCCCUGGGUUUGUGUGGCCCUCACUCGGUGUUCAUCCAGUCCAGGAUGUGCCUCAGAGGGGGGCGACACUUCAGGAUUUAGAUGCUGCCCUACCCCUGAUAGAAAAAUACAAGGAUCAUCUCUUAGCCAUAGGAGAGGUUGGGUUGGACUUCACACCUCGAUUUGUCACCAAUGAGAACCAAAAAGAUGAACAGCGGCAGGUGUUAAUCCGACAGAUUGAGAUUGCUAAAAGACUGGAUCUACCACUAAAUGUCCAUUCAAGAUCUGCUGGAAGACCGACAAUUAAUCUAUUGAAGGAACAAGGAGCGAAGAAUGUCCUGCUUCAUGCAUUUGAUGGAAAACCUUCAGUGGCCUUGGAGGGUAUCAAGGCUGGCUAUUUCUUUUCAAUCCCACCCUCAAUCAUACGGAGUGAACAGAAGCAAAAAUUAGUGAAGCAACUGCCACUGGAGUUCAUGUGCCUGGAAACUGAUUCCCCUGCACUGGGACCAGAAAAACAGGACAUAGAAGAUGUUAUUACGAGAGCAAAAGAGACUGGAGUUAAGGCUUUUAUUUCAGUAACAGAAGAAGUAAAAGAAUUUGAAAGAGUUAUUCAACUUAGUAAAAGCUAUCCAGCUCUGGUGAGUCCAUGUCUGGGAAUUCACCCAAUUCAAAAGUGGGGUUCCCAGGACCAGCACAGUGUCAGAUUGGAGGAUUUGGAGCCAGCCCUGCCCUUUUUCCAGAAGUACAGGGAUGAAAUAGUAGCAGUUGGUGAGAUAGGUCUCGACUACACACCUUGGUAUGCCCCUGACGCACAGCACCAUGAGGAACAACUGAGAGUCUUCAGAAAGCAAGUGCAAAUUGCCAAGGAACUUGAUUUGCCAGUAAAUGUCCACUCCCGUUCAGCUGCAGCGAUCACCAUUGCAAUUCUGAAAGAGCAAGGUUGGGAUGCUUUGAGAUAAUAAAACCUGAUAGCUUUCAUUCUUAUCUCAAAAGCUCUGGACUCAAAAACCUCAUAAGAAUGUUGACUCCUUUCCAACAACAUACCAUUUCUUUGACAAAUGAUGUGAACUCAUUUUCUGAAAAGUGAAUAUUAUAAAUUGAAGCCUGAAUGCUCAACCUGUACACUUUUAUGGAUGAAAAAAGUUAAAUGUCGGCAAAAUCUGCAAAGGAAAAUAUUUUAAAAAAUCUAUUCACCACAUUAACUACUGGUAACUACUGGAAAACUGCUUUAAAAAGUCACACAAUUAGUUGAUUGGCUGUUAAUGCCUCCGUGUGGAUUAAUAGUGGUUCACACAUGAUUUCAGAAUAAGCACAGUUAAUCAGGCAGUGAAUUUCAAGCAAAGAUUCAAUUAUAAAGUUCAAGAGCCUUUCAAAACAAGUCAGGAGUAAAGCUGUGUAAAGCCACAGAUCAGGAGACAGGUAUAAAAAUCCAAAGAUUAUAUACCAAUUGAAGCAUGGUCAAGUCAAUCAUUAAGAAGUGGAAAGUGUAUGAUAUCAUCCAGACCAUGCCUAGAUCAAUCAGUUCCUCCUAACCAGUGGCCUGGUAAGGAAGAAGCUGGUGAGAGAUGCCACUCUGAGGCCAAUAGCAACAUUAAAAAAGCUCCAAGGUUCAAUGAGUAGAAAUCAUUAUAGGGUUGAACAUAAUAUUCAGUUUGAAUAUAUGUAUUGUAUGAUUUACCUAAAUUGAUUUGCAAAAAGAAAUAUGUAUGCAUUAUACAUUGUUUUACAGAAAGUGUAACAGAAAAUAUAUAUGUAUUAUAAAUGCUUAACAACAAGCAGAUUUCUGUUACAGAAGAAGAAUGCAAUACAUAUUUUCCCAACAAUAUGCACUGCAUAUUUUUCCAACAGUAGUUUUUACAUAAUUAGUUGUUUAACAUUUUUUUCCAAAGGAACAGCAGCAAAGUCUCACCUUGUUUAAAGUAGAGCUCAUGGCCCCUGCAGAUAGAUGCUGAUAUUA